AUGCCCACACGCAUCCUGGAAGCACCGGCACCACCACGUCCUCAGAAGCGGAGAUCCCUCAUGGCCGACUCUGAAGAGGACAUCGACAUGCUCACCCCGGCCGACAUGACGUUCACCCCUGUCGCUCCUUCCAGCCUCUUACCAGACGAGGAGGACGACCAUGAUGUGGACGAGGAUGACGAGGAGGACAACCUCUUCACUGCCCACUCCAACGCGCAGGAGUCUUACCUGGACGAGAACGAGAACGAACCUUCGGUCACAGCGACCUCGCACCGCCGGGUCGUCGCGUUCGCCGACGAGAACCAGGACGACAAUGUCGAGUACGCCGACGAGAACACACACGUAGGCGGUGCGUUCGGGCAUUCGGAUGAGGUCGACGCGGACCUCGGGGACGACACGCUCCACUCGGACUUGGAGCUGGAGGCGGAGGAGGACGACGAGCUGGAGAGUAGCGACGAUGAGGACGACGAGGAUGAUGUGGACGUUGUUCAUGUCGAGGUCCGCCUGCGUCCUGAAGCGACGUUACUGCCGAGCAUCAUCGAGGCCAACAUCCCACCUUUCCUGCGAAACAACUACCGAUGGCUUUCGGGCGGCACACUGGUCGCUCCCGAGGGAUGGGCCGACGUGGGCGUGUUGGGGAGGAGUGUGGAGCAGAUCUACAUUGCUGAAUGCGGUGACGGCCACCCGGUCGACGCCCAAGAGGCCACCUACCAUGUGCACGUGUACAAGACUGUCGACAACUAUGUGGAGCUGAGUGGCGGGCUGGACGAAGACGAAGAGGAACAAGAGGCCAACACCUCGGCGGCGAGCGUGAGGGAUUUGCCGGCGCGCGAGCUCGAGGGACUUUGGGACAACUUGAUAUAUGACGACGAUAUCAAGCCCCGUCUCCUAACAUACAUCCACUCGUCGAUGCUGUUUAGCGAAAACGAGGUGGAUUUCAACGUCAUCGCGUGGAACAGACUCGUCCUCCUUCACGGCCCACCGGGAACAGGAAAGACCUCGCUGUGCCGCGCGCUGGCACACAAGCUAGCCAUCCGCAUGGGCGACAAGUACACGUCUGGCCGACUGGUGGAGAUCAACUCGCACUCGCUGUUCUCCAAGUGGUUUAGCGAGAGUGGCAAGCUCGUUCAAAAGCUCUUUGACAAUGUCACCGCCAUGGUGGAGGAUGAGGCAUGCUUCGUCGUUGUCAUGAUUGACGAAGUAGAGUCCCUCACCAGUGCCCGUGCUGCUGUCGGCGAGCCCUCUGACGCCUUGCGAUCGGUCAACGCCCUCCUCACUCAGCUUGACAAGCUCAAACAACACAAAAACGUCCUUGUCAUGACCACUUCCAACCUGGCGGGCUCUAUCGACCCUGCCUUUGUGGACCGCGCCGAUGUGAAGCAGUACGUCGGCCUGCCCCCCGCGCAGGCCAUCUACUGGAUUUUGGCCGGGUGUCUCCGUGAAUUGGCCCGCUCCGGCCUGUGUCCCGGCGGUGAGAAGCUGCUGGAAUGGGACGAGUUGGCCAGGUCGACAAGAAGUGUGGCGAGCAAGAGGGGUGAGCGGGCACGCAUCGCGUCCCUCCAACUCGCCAACACUGCCCGCCAGGCCAAAGACCAAGAGCUGUCAGGCAGGUUCCUGCGCAAAGUGCCCCUCAUGGCGCAUGCGCGCUACCUCGCCUCCAACAGGACGCCGAGGGUGGAUAAGUGGGUGGAGGCGAUUGCGCGGAGCGUCAAAGACGAAGGAGAGAGCAGGGACCGCAUCGCCGCGGCCGAGGGUACGGCGAGGCGGGUGGCUGCGGCCAAGUGA